UGUUAUGCUAAAUAUAUUCGUGUAUUUUAGAUUGAAGAAUCCGCCAGGUCACUUUGACGAGAGCGCUUCUUACACCAACUAAGCAGGUUCAGUGACGGAAGGCUGGCAUUCUUCGUAACUGCCGAGGUUCCAAGGAUUAGGAUGGAGAGUUGCUUCGUGCUUUUUUACGUUCUGCUAUCGACAUCGAUUACUGCCGUCCAACCUGUAGACGCUCAGGCAUCACCCGCACUUACCGGAGACGCUGCCGCGGCAGCUGCGACAGCUGCUGCAGCUGCGAAAGCUGCAGUAGUGCUAGAGAAGCCCUUCGACAAUGCGGAAGAAAAAGUGAAAGAGCUGGAGGGUAUACUGCAGUAUAUUAAAAACAACAACCAACCUCGACAGUGCAGCGAUCUUUUACGUGCUGGCCAGCGAAAUAGUGGUGUAUAUACGAUAUACCAUAGUAAAGCACCAAAUGGACAAGACGUGUACUGCAACUUGAACACCGAUGGGGGAGGCUGGACGGUCAUUCAAAGGCGUGGGCAGUUCAAGAAUAGAGUUUUCCACUUUUACCGAAAUUGGACUGAAUACGCGAAUGGAUUCGGAAACCCUGAAGAAGAGUAUUGGAUUGGAAACGAAGCUCUAAAUGCCUUGACGUCCGGCAAUAGACACAUGACUCUGCGCAUUGUUCUGAGGAAUACUACGAACGACAAGGUCUCCAUAUACUACAGCAAGUUUCGUGUGUCUAAUGCUGAGAAUAUGUACCAGCUGGAAAUGGGAAACUUCAUCGGACCGCUAGGAUGGGACGCAAUGAGACACGCCGAUGGUCAAAAGUUUUCUACCUACGAUAGAGACAACGACGCUUCAUCCUAUAACUGUGCCGAGCAAUAUAGCGGGGCCUGGUGGUACAGCGACUGCCACGCGUGCAACCCGAACGGUCUCAUUAAUGGAUUCCAUGAGAGCUACGGUGACGGCAUCGACUGGAGCAUACGCGACCACGCGGGAAAGUUGUACUACUACUCGUACCCUUAUAUGGAGAUGAUGAUCAGGCCUGCUCGCCUUUUGCAAGGGAAAGAGAAGGAACUCAAGUUUUUCCCGAAUCAUGCCGAGGCCGCCACGAGUAAGAUGAGAAGCCGCUUCGUCGUUCUUGACGUUCUUGUAACGGCAUCCAUUUUCGCUGGGACUUUUACAUCGGAAAUAAAACGAAAGGCGGAUGUCGAAGAGCUGAUAGAGGAACCCCUGGAGAAAGCGGGUCAUAAACUUCAAGAGUUCCUGCAUUUGUUGCAAUACGUGAAAAGGUGCAAUCGACCUCGACAGUGCAGCGAUCUCCUGCGUUAUGGCCAGCAUAAAAGUGGUGUCUUCAGAAUUUUCGACAGAAAAGCGUUUCGCACAGGGAAGGACGUGUAUUGUGAUAUGGAAGCAGAUGGCGGAGGCUGGACGGUUAUUCAGAGACGUGGACAGUUCGGGAACAGAGUGUUCAACUUUUACCGAGAUUGGAACGAAUACGCAGAAGGAUUCGGAAAUCCACACCAGGAGUACUGGAUAGGAAACGAAGCGCUGAAUGCCUUGACUUCGGGAAAGAAAAACAUGACUUUGCGCAUUGUACUCAGGAACAGUACGGUAGACAGCGUCAAUAUAUAUUACAGCAGUUUUCGUGUGGCUAUUGCUGAGGAGAUGUACAAGGCACAAGUGGGAACUCUUCUCGGCCCACCAGGCUGGGACGGAAUGAGACUCUGCGACGGCGAGAAAUUUUCCACUUAUGAUCGCGACAACGACAAGAGUAAAGAUAACUGCGCAAAAAGCUUUCGCGGCGGCUGGUGGUACAGAGCUUGCCACGCGUGCAACCCGAAUGGUCUCAACCUCAAUGGUUACCACGAGAGCUAUGCCGACGGCAUCGAGUGGAGUGUACAAGAAGGUCGAAACAAGCUCUACCACUACUCUUAUCCUUCAAUGGAGAUGAUGCUUCGGCCAGCUCAUUUUUUGGAAGGCAAGGAGAAUGAGCUGCAGUUUUUUGCUCGAAAAAUUCCUGCUGAAAUGUUCACUGAGGAAUUGGAAUAAAAAAAUAAACAACUGGCA